UGACAUACCAGGGGAGCCGAUGAAAAAUGGUGAUUGCCAUUGAUGUUGGCACGGCUAUGGUGGCUUGUGGUUUAAGUAACAAAAAUCGGGGUCAGGUGUGGGUUUUUUGGUUGUUUCCGGUUAAAAGCAUGAUUCCAGGAGAGAGCUGGAGAGGAUUCCGACUUGAACAAAACUCGACUCCAGUAAGCGACUUUCCCUCAGGGUCAGUUUCCAUACAACUAUUAUUCAAGUCCGCCACAACCCAUAUAGCCUUUGAAUUGGAAGUUAAUACAAGUUCUUCUAUGUUUGUUGAGACUACAUUUGGGAAAGCAUUCAUUUUUGCAGUGCCAACAAAUUGCUUUCUCUUUAGUCAAAGACUGUCCAGAGACUGACUGAUAAGGUGCCCAUAAGGCAGCCAACAACA